CAGAGCUGCAUGCUCUGACAGAGGAGCUGUGUCUUCAGUUGUAUUACCGCAUGCACCUCUGGCCACCGGCUGCAACUGCAAGACAAACAAGCUGUUUGAAUCCUGAAAUUCAGAUAAAUCAUGGAGAACGACGACGACAGAUUUUGUGAGGAAGUUUGUUGUUCCUGCUAUGACUGGGAUGAAGACGCCGUGCACGUACACAGCCGUGGCACAGAGAAGACAGGCGAGUGGGAGAUGCUGCCGGAUGUCUGCCUGCUGCACAUCUUCAAAUAUCUCUCUGAUGUCGAUCGGAGCAAGGCGGCUCUGGUUUGUCACCACUGGCACAGCAUCAUGCGCCUGCCCUGUCUCUGGCGCUGCCGCUCUUUCUACUUCACCGGUCGUCUCUCCAAAUUCAAGCAGAGUGAAUAUUUAGCGGCUGUGGGUUAUGUUGACAAUUUGGGAGUCUUUUUGGAAAGUUUGGAGGUAACCGUGUGUCCUCCGCGAUCCAUUGUGCUGGCCCAGCGUCUGCAUGCCACCCUCUGCGGCCUCUUGAAUGCACUGGUCAGAGUAAAAGCCCCACUGAAGUCCCUGUCCAUUCUAAGGCUGGAGCUGGAUCGGUCCUCCUGGGGUCAGGGCCUCAGAAAUGUUGUGGUCGACAAACUGAUUUAUUUCCUCAUGAGAGGCGCCUCAAGACUAACCAGCAUUUGCCUGAAUGGGAUACGGAUUGGGGCAGAACCGGGUCUGGACCUGAUCUCUGCAAUCAUACAGUCCCAGAGAAGCCUCUCUCCUCUCUGCGGCCUUUCUUCUUUGGAUCUGAGGGGCUUCUUUUCUUUCACCGUGCCCAACGACCUCAAUCUCCGCAUACCUCAUAUACUGCAACAGCUGCAAGGCCUCACCCACCUGGGCCUUAGCUACUCCUGUCUGUCGGACGAGCUGCUGCUGGCUCUCAAUCAAAGCAGCAGUGAGAGGAGGUCCGGCUAUGGCGGCGGCGGCGGAAACGUCCUGACAAGGCUUUCGCUGUACUGCACUCAGAAUGAGCCACAUCAACAGGCGUUGUGCGGUUACUCGUGGGCCGCUUUGGUGUCCAGCUGCCCCGACCUGGAGGUCAACCUCACAGUGGAGCAAGUUAUCAACACACAACAGCUGGCGGGGAUCCUGCUGCCUGAGAUUCCCCUGGUGGCGUACAACAUGACUGCUUUCUACUCGGCGGACGAAAACUGGAGGGCUAAGCCUCUGCUCCGAAACCUGCUGCCCUGCUACAGACGCAGCCUGCAGAAUCUAAUGUUGGACCUGAGCAACCACAACGAGUCCCUGGAUGAUGAGCUGCUGGAGUUGAUUGAUGCGUGCGAGUGUCUCGUAGACCUGAGAGUCUGGGCUUUCUUGGAUGUACAGACUGUGGGGAGGCUCCUGCACAUCAGACUUACUAAAAAAAUGUCGCUCAACACAAUCAGAGUGAGGAUCUACACAAUGAUGGAGAACAUUGAGGAGCAGGAAGACCAGCUGAAGGAAAUUCUGUCUCCCUUUUGUUAUCCUCCUGAGCUACAGUUUAUGGCUGUCGUCUGUCCCUUUAUAUGACGCCUCCUUAAUGUGCCUGAACAUCGAAAUGAGGCAAAAGCUCCACUGAAAAAGGAAAAUAAAACAAAUGAAGCAUCA